AUGGCACAAAGGUUUCAAGUUGGGUGGAUGACUCUAUUAUUAGCAGGAUGCUCUUCCUCAUCACCGCUGAUACCGGGCAUCUUUCUCAUCUCCCUGUACUACGAGGACUACGCGCCCAAGCCAUCCACCGCCCAAGUCGACUUCAAUGUCCACAAUGCCAUCGCAGUGAUAGCGGGAGACGCCGUAUUAGCAGCAAGAGUCGGAUACUUUGGUAUCUGCAUCAACCCGGACGGAGGGUCGUGGCUCUGCAGCAACAAUGCCACGUCUCUCGCCAAUGAGAUCGCGUUGACGCAAGAUCCUCUGAACUUGGUCUGGCUCGCCAGCCAGUUCAAGGACAUGAUUGUAUUCCCCUACCUGAUAAUCAUCGCCAUCGUCUUCGCAUUCAUCUGUCUCGUCCUCCUCGCAACCUUCCCAGGCUGGCACGAAGAAGAAGACGCCCACGGCAGCGAGCGCGAAGUCAAGCCCUUCCCCUCGCGCCCCGUCUCCCAAAUCGCCCUCGCCAUCAUCUUCAUCGCUUCCAUCUUCGUGCUCGUCUCCGUCCUCUGGCAGCACACCGCCUCGGUCGCCGCGUCCGUCAUUGCGCAAGACUUCGGCAACGGCAGCGUCAAGAGCGGCGUCGGAACUACAGCCAUGGUCCUCGGCUGGUUCGGCUUCACGCUCCUCAUCAUCGUCACCAUAGGGCUGCUGGUUAUGAUCCUGAGUAUCAGGGUGCUGAACGAAGCGUUCUCGUGA